AUGGAAACUUUCGAGUCGGAAACUGGCAGGAGAGAAUUAGAAAAUGUAGAAGAAAACAUAGAACAGGGGCAAGUAAACCAAGGGGGACCAGUGGUCUUUAAAGCAUGCAAACUUAUAAUCAACGAUGAGGAACAGCCAAAAGGUAUACUCGGAAAUCAAGAUAUAAACAUUAGAUGGAAUGGUAAAGAUAGACUGGUGAUCAAUAACAAAUCAGUUACACCAGACAAUGGAUACGAGAAUAUAAAAAUCAAGUACGACUCAAUGGGAGGAAUAACAGUGAAUAAGCAAUAUAUAAAAGGAUUCGAAGGGUUAAAAGCUACAGGCCAAACUAUUUUGAGAUUGCCAAAUAUAAAAACUGAUGCACGUGAUGAUGAAGGCUUAAAGCAAGGUGACGCUCUUUCACCACUACUGUUCAAUAAUGCACUGAAGAAAGUCGUACGGAGUUUUGCAGAUGAUUUGAAUAUAGUUGGUGACGAUGGGGAGAGUGUGACGCAGAGCACCGUAGCCCUCAUUAACGAAGCAAAAACCAUAGGGCUGAAUGUAAAUGAUAAUAAAACUAAAGUGAUGGAGCUAUUACCAGAAAACAACCAGGUCGGCAAUGUAGUGAUUCAAGGACGUACAUUUGAAAAAGUGCAUUAA